AUGACAACACAGCUCCUGGCUUCCGAGCUCACAAACCUCAUCCAGGAGAGCAAGCGCAAGCAUAAUGAUCUCAGACAGGCUGCUGAAAAGUCGCUCGAGGAGCUCAAGAGCCUCCGCGGUGCCAAUGAAGCCCAGAUAGCCGCCGAGCUCGCCCAACGCCUCAGCUUUGUCAACCCCUUUAUCGUUGCCUGCGGUACCAAGAAUGCCAAAUUCACAGGAAUUGCCAUAGUCUGCCUUCAGCGCCUGAUUAUGGUCAGCGCCCUGCCCAGGUCCAAACUGAACCCUGUACUCGAGGCUUUGAGAGAGGCCACGUCGGCGGGCCUAGAUGUUCAGCUCAAGAUCCUGCAAGCUCUUCCCACCCUGCUGCAGAACUAUGCUACCGACAUCAAGGGGGACUUGCUGGUUACUGCCCUCAAUAUCUGCUUCAUACUGCAGACAAGCAAGAACGGGAUAGUCAGCAACACUUCUGCUGCCACCCUCCAGCAGCUGGUGGUGUCUGUCUUCGACAAGGUCGUGACUGAGGACAGAACCACCUCUGACACCGGCUGCGUCGGCGAUGCCCCCACGCAAAAUGGCAACAUCAACCUGCGGUCGGCCGCCAUGGACGCCUACCGCGUAUUCCGGGAUAUCUGCCUGAUGACCGAGAAUCAGCGUCCAGAGUAUCUCAGGUUUACUGGCUUGCAACAGACCUUUGGUCUCGAGCUGAUAGAGUCUGUAUUGACGAACCAUGCCUCCAUAUUCUCGACCCACCCGGAACAAGCACAUGUGCUGCGUACAAACGUCAUGCCGUUCCUCGUCAGUGCACUGUCGGGCAAAACCAACUUUGCCACUUCCGUCCGGCUCGUUCGGAUAUUGUAUACCCUCUUGAGGCGGCAUCUCAAUGUUUUGCUUGCUGAGGGUGGCGAUGCCCUCGAGAUCUUGACGCAGCUUCUGGAUCAAGACACAGCCCUUUGGAGACGAGCUCUUUGCAUGGAGGUUUUCAGGGGCAUUUUUGCCGAGCCUGGGCUUCUUCGAAAGAUUUAUAUGCUCUAUGAUGCAAAAGAAGGGCAAAAGGAUGUCCUCAAAAGCCUGACUGCCACGUUCGUCCGUGUGAGCACCGAAAAACCAGUCAUAAUUGGACUCGGUCAUCAGUCAACCAUCCCCGUCGCCAACCCCUACGCCAAUGUUGGCAGCUCGACGGAUCAAGCAAUGCUCGAAACCAGCGGCGUUACUGGCAUUAUCAGCAGUUCAGUCAGUGGCGAGGGCCACAACACCGGUAUCAGUUCUCACUGGAGUUCUAUGAGAGUCCCCUGCAUAGACCAGCUAGACAAGACGGAGCCCCCGCCUAUACCCGAGUCGUACAUAUAUGCCCUUACCCUGUCUUGUAUUACAUCCUUGUCCGAGGGUCUGGCCAAGUUCAUUCUUCCUCUGACUGUGCCUGGCGACAGCCGCGGCAGACGGAAGGCCACCAAGCAGUCAGAUGCCGGCCGAGACUCCCCCGCUGCAAUUCCUGAGGAGGGCAUCGAGCCCAGCAAGACUGUGAUAGAUCGGGCAGGUACUGCGAAUUCCCUCGAGAGAUCCGGAUCCUUCAAGAGAAAUCCGGUUCCUGUAAACCCAUUGACGCUGAAAGACCAUCCGCUACAUCAGGAGGUCAAAAUAUGCGCUCAGAUCGUUGAUGAAUGUUGGCCAGCGAUCCUCGCAACUUGCUCCACUUUCCUCUACGCCGCUUUGGACUCGGAGUAUUAUCACGGACUCGUGCGGGCAUUUCAGAAGUUCGCUCAUGUGGCAGGUCUGCUGCAGUUGGCUACACCUCGUGAUGCCUUUCUUACUACACUUGGCAAGGCCGCUGUACCGCCCAACGUGUUCACGGCAUGUCUCAAUGCUGGCUCGUCGAAACCGACGCCUGCGACUCCAGCUGCAGAUACACCCAGUAGCAUAUUAGGUAACGCCCGGGGCUUGUUGAGUGUCGACAACUUGGUUACUCCUGUUGGAGCUGCCGGAGAGCGACAGAGACAAGCAUCUAUAGACGCUACUACAGUGCCCCAGACCCUGAACACGCGUAACUUGCUCUGCUUACGUGCGCUUCUCAACCUUGGCAUCGCCCUUGGGCCUACGCUGGCUUCGUCCUGGCGAAUCGUACUGGAGACGCUUCAACAGGCUGAUUUCGUUCUGUUUUCCACCGGCAAAGCGGCGGGAAGGACGCCUCUGGCUGGCAAGGGCGCAGAUCAGAGAGCUGACAGCGAGGCCGCGUCGCUCAUCGCAAAUUUCGGGGUAGAGAUCCGUGCUGUUGAGACGGCAGCGGCAAGGCUCUUCGAAAGCACUGUUGAUUUCCCAAAUGACGCAUUUGGCGAAGUCGUUGAGGCCAUCUGUACGCUUCUUGAGCGACACUUGGAGCAGCAGUCCGAACCCGAAAGUAGACCCCAAUCAUCUUCUUCACAAGCAUUAACGCCCCCUAUCCAGGGGCGGAGGACUCCCAGUGGUCAGCACCGUCGUCUUUUGAGCAUUUCAACAUCAGCUACGGGCGGCCCGAAUCAAGAAGACCAGUUUGCGCUUGCAAAACUUGGCGACGUCGCAACUAUCAAUAUUGAAAGGUUGCUCUCAUACCCGCCUGAUAUUUCUGGCUGGUCAAGACUAACCUCGGAACUCAUACGGACAUUGACUUCUGCGUCAAUGUCUGCCCAAGUUCGUGUCCGUGCUGCUGAGAUCAUAGUGCGUCUUGUCUUGGAAUCUGCGAAUACCGCUGCAAGCUUGGGCGAUGAGUCUCGUAGCAAGGUCCAACUUCGGUUAUUGGAGGCCCUGAGAGACGCACUGUCGCCACUGCAGCAAGAGAACCGGCCGUCAUCUAUCGCACAUUAUGCGAUUGACAUUGACAUUCAUAAAAUCAUCUUGGAGGGGCUUAAGAGCCUGCUUGAUAAUUGUGGAGAGACGCUGAUCAGUGGCUGGGAUAUAGCCUUCGAAAUCAUUGGCAGUAUCUUUGUGAAGAAGAGGUUCGCCAAUGACAGCAAUGCUCAGGAUCCCACCAAUCAGUCAACUGUAAUCCUGACUCGAUCCAGCAAGCUCAUACGAUCUUCCUUCAACUCGCUCCAGCUGAUCAGCUCGGAUUUCCUCUCGUCAUUGCCGAAUUCCUGCUUUCUCAUCCUUGUCGAUACCCUAUAUCAGUUCUGCUCGCAAGACGAUGAUCUGAAUAUCGCACUAACGACUGUUACGUUUUACUGGGUGCUUUCAGACUUCCUAUCAGGGAAAACUCAGUCGCUGCCAAUAACAGACAGACUCAUUGGGGAUGCCGAUGAGACCGCCUUGGCAGAAAAAGCGGCAGAUUCACAGCAUGCAUCAUCCGAUGCUGCCCUCUGGAUGCUGCUUCUCUUGAGGCUGACGAAUGUGACGAGCGAUGACAGGCUCGAAUUGAGAAAUAGUGCCACUCAUACCCUCUUGCGCAUCUUCGAUGCCUAUGGAGAUCGACUCAGCCCAGAGGCUUGGUCAAUUUGCAUUAAAUCAGUCAUAUUCAAGCUCAUGUCGUCCGUGGAAGAACAACUUCGCUCUGUUGGUCAGUCUGAAGCCAACGACAAGAUCCGUGACGAGUGGCAUGAUACAGCCGUGGUUGUUCUGAAUGGAAUAUCCGGGCUGCUCGCCAACUACCUAGACGUGCUCACCGUUCAUCCUACAUUCAAUUCAUAUUGGCAGCAGCUUCUUGGCCACUUCGCCGCCCUCCUCGAUUUUCAGGUUUUAGAGAUCAAUACAGCCACAUUCAAGGCAUUAACGCAGAUUUUAUCACAAAGCCAGAACGGAGCGAAGCAGAACUUCAACAAGACAACAUUAGACUUGGCAUGGGAUCUGUGGUCUCGGGGUAUCCCGAUAGCCAGGAAGAAGGAUGGCGAGAAGCCAACGGACAACCAAAACUGCCUCUUGGCCUACGUUGCAGCUCUUCGAGACGUUUAUCGCCUUAUCCAGGCAGAUCUCACCGUUGACCGUGUGCGUCGGAUGCUGACCCUUCUCCGGGAGGCGAUACAGCAAGCCCUUCCCGGAGCCUUUGUGAUCGACAUUGACUAUGUCACACCUCUCCAGGGUCAGGUAUUAGACGUCCUGAAAAUGCUCAGGACAGAUCUACCAGGAGCCCCCUCUGCCAUCAUUGCUCAGGUAUCUGAGUUCAUCAGUAUAGCCUUUGCAGAGGAUAGGUAUCAAGACAGGGAGCCAACAGAUAAGCGCACAUAUGUGGCCAUGUCCAAAGCCAGUAUGGGAAUUCUGCAAACUCUGAUUGUUGAGCAUGCAGCAGACCUUGAUAUUUACAGCGACGGCGCCUUCUUAGCUGCGUUGACCUCGUUGUCGAAGCCUAUCGUGCUAAAAUAUCAGUUUCCAAUCACCACUAAGUCGGUCAAACCAUGGAAGCAGGCCACGACUUCAGCUCUUGCUAUCCUCGAGGCAACACUGCACCACCUUCUCACACUUGACAUUCCCCGGCCAAUGCUGCAGGAUAUCUGGCAAAUGAUCGUAACCAUUGCAAAUGGUAUCACGAAUGCGAACUGCGAUGCACCACCUGAGCGCAUUCACCUGGCGGACGACCAAGCUUUUGAUGUCAGCUCGUUCAAUAAGCUUCGGGAACUCAUCAUUCCGGCUCUUGGAUCAAACGUCGUUCCGGACAAGACACGGAAAGUUUUCGCAGAAUCCCUCUUCCGAAUGUCUAUCAUUCAUACUCCGGCGCCUGCCGAUACGUCCCUUAUCCACGGUAAUACUAACGGUACGGAAACGCACGGCCUCGCUUCACUCUACAAAUCACGCCCAGGUCGUACCAUCGAUCCACCACCUGUCCUGCGUGAGAAGAUAGCUUAUGUAUGUCUCGAUGAGCUCUUCGCUCUCGUGGCUUCCCACGACGAGGCAAAGCCGCCCCAGAUCACAAUCCAGCCCCCCACACCACGCUUCCCUCCUCCCGGAACGCCCUCGGCAGCCAGUGGCCCCUCGGAGGCCCCGCACGCACUCCGUAUACGUCUGGCUCGCGUGGUGGCACCAUAUCUUAUACUGCGAGCUGCUCUGACACUGCGGGCCUACAUCGCAGACCAGCCCCUGAGGGGUCGAAUGCCGCAGCCGCUGAGCCAGCGAAAGGAGCUGGGACACAUCCUUGAACGGGUGGUUGAGCUCCAGAGCGAGAGCGAAGCGAUCCCAGACUGCACGAAUGUCGAAAGUGAGACGAGAAAACACCUGAUGCGCCUCUACCCGCUCGUCGUAAGCGCAGUGGCCGUUGCCGGCAGGAGCGGCGAUGACGAGAUGGGACGCCGGCUCGGCAAGUGCUUGGAGGUGGUGGGCGGCGAGCUCGGGAUUUAA